CGCGGCUCGGCAUGGAGCGCGCCGAGGCGUACGGGUUCUGGGCUGCCAUGAGCGCCGCCUUCCUGCUGUCGUGCCUGCUGUUCGCGGGCGUCAGCCGCCGCCAGCGCGGGCCCUACAUGGACGAGGCCUUCCACGUGCCGCAGGCGCAGGCCUACUGCCGCGGGCGCUUCCUGCAGUGGGACCCCAUGAUCACCACGCUGCCGGGGCUCUACCUGGCCUCUGUGGGGGUCAUGAAACCGGCCGCCUGGCUCUUUGGCUGGACAGGAAGCGUGGUGUGCUCUACAGGGAUGCUUCGGUUUAUCAACCUGCUUUUCAGUGCUGGAAACUUCUAUUUAUUGUAUUUGCUUGUGUUCAAGAUCCAUCAGAAGAACAAGGCUGUGUCUGGUUUCCAGAGAAUCUUGUCAGCAUUAACUCUUGCAAUGUUCCCCACUCUUUAUUUUUUUACAUUUCUUUAUUAUACGGACCCAGGAUCAGUAUUUUUUACUCUCUUUGCCUAUUUAAUGUGCCUUUAUGGUAACCAUAAAACUUCAGCUCUCCUUGGAUUUUGUGGCUUCAUGUUUCGUCAGACGAAUAUUGUGUGGACGGUUUUUUGUGCUGGAAAUGUUGUUGCAGAGAAGCUCAAUGAAGCCUGGAAGACAAAGUUACAGAAAAAGAGAGAUGAAAAGAUUCCUUCCAGGAAAGGACCAUUUUCAGAUUUCGUCAGAAUAUUGCAGUUUCUUAUUGAAUAUCUCAUAUCACCUAAAAACUUAGUUACACUUAGUGCUUUAACUUGGCCAUACAUUGUAUUAGUAGCUGUGUUCUUUGGUUUUGUCUUCAUCAAUGGUGGAAUAGUUGUUGGUGACAGAAGUAGCCACGAAGCCUGUUUGCACUUUCCUCAGCUGUUCUAUUUUUUGUCCUUUACUGUCUUUUUUUCAUUCCCUCAUUUAUUGACCCCCAUUAAAAUCAGGAAAUUCCUUCUGUCGUUGCGAAAGCACCCUGUGCACUACACCUUAAUCACUGUCAUCUCUUUAUUCCUGAUCUGGAAAUUUACCUAUGUUCAUAAGUAUUUACUAGCGGAUAACAGACAUUAUACAUUUUAUGUCUGGAGAAAAGUCUUCCAAAGACAUGAGCUUGUAAAAUAUGUAUUAGUUCCAGUCUAUCUAUUUGCUGGCUGGAGUUUUGCUGAUAUGCUAAAAUCAAAAUCAAUAUUCUGGAUCUUACUGUAUUUUGCAUGUUUAUUAGCAGCCACAGUUCCUCAAAAAUUGCUAGAGUUCCGUUACUUUAUUUUGCCAUUCUUAAUAUAUAGGCUCAAUAUUCCAUUUCCAUCUCUAUAUAGACAGCUUCUGGAGCUGGCUUUUUAUAUCAUUGUGAAUGCAGUAACUUUUUAUCUUUUUCUAAAUAGAACAUUCAAAUGGCCAAAUAGUGAUGAAAUCCAGAGGUUUAUGUGGUGACUUUUUUUUUUCUUUGAUACUUUCAUACCGUUAGGAAAACCCAGUUCUGUUUCAGGACUGUGGGCUCUGGAAUGAAGCAAUAUGUUUUACUAUGUAAGGACAUUUUUCCCCAGCUGGAAUUGGGGAAGUAGGCUCUUUGCUUAUUUCUUGGAACUGAAUGUGAACUCUUGAUUUAUUGUAGUGUGAAGACAUUACAUAUAUGGAAUUUAUAAGCUUCUGGAAUUAAUUCAAUAUGAGGGGAAAUUUGUUAACGCCUUUGUGUAGUUAUUGUGAAAUAAGGGAGAUGUUUACAGUGAUUUUUCAUUAUAGUAAAAUAUUAUAUAAUAUGCCCUUGAAGGUAUUAGAGUUUGUUUCAGAGGUUGCUUGCUCUUAAAACAAAAUAUUUAAGCGUUUGACCUUUUUAUUACCUCUGGAUGCAUACUUACUCCUUGGAUCAGGCCACUCCUGCCUAGGUUUGCUAGCAGUCAAGGUGUAAGUAUAAUGUUUUCAAAGCCUCCUACGUCCCACUGAAUUUUCAUUUUUUUUUGUCAGUAAGUCCUUAAAUUGGUUUUGGAAACAGAAUGUAAUCUCUUAAGUUAUUAGAGCAUUUUGAAAAUCUUAUUUCAAACUGCUACAUAGUGGAGGCUAUGUGCAUGUACCUUCUUUGGGGGAAUUGAUGUUAUUGUACAACGAAAGAUAAAUUGCAGUUGGUAGUAUGACCUAUUAGAAAGGGAGUAAUUUGUGUAUGUCAGACUGAAACAUGUCAUUACACAGUGGAAUACAACCUAAUGAAUAUGCUUUUAAAUAAUCAGGCUUUUAUGUCCUGAGGUUGUGUAUUCACAGAUUUGUAUUGGAGUAGGAUAUGAGUGCAUUCCGAAGUUGAACUGAGUGUUUCUUAAGAUCUUUGAUGUAAAAUCUUAAAGAAAUACUAAUGGCCUUACUGAAUUGUUCUUUUAAAUGUUUUUCAUGUAUAUACAAAUCUAAUGGAACUAGGGAGUGUGUAUUUUGUUUUACAAAGGUAAAAUAAAAUGUGUAUAUAUACCUAUAUAUUAGUUUUUAAAAGCAUCUUGUGCAUUAUCAUCAGAAUAAAUGAAGGUUGUGAUGGUCCCUGUUGGUAAGUGACUUUGAUUAAACUUGAAAUACUUGAUCUUUUAAAGUUAACCAUUCAACAGUUUUAGAAAUACAACUUAAUUCUGUGAUAGGGGGGUAUCCAAAACUUCUCAUGCUGUGUAGUAUCUUUGGAGCACAGUAGAAUUUGGAGCACAGUACUUUCUAAUGAACUUCACAUCACAGGACACUAGAAAAAUAUCAUGUAGAGAGAUGUCUAUGAGCUGUUGGGAUUUUUUUAACCAAUAUUGUAAGGUGACAUAAUAUUUUAUCAGGGGAUUUAUCGUUACGCUUACAUAUUUUAUUAUAAAAGUACAGUUAUUCUCUACAUAUUUUGCUAAGUUAAAAACAAGCUGAGGAAAGUCCAUGAAUUACUGAAAUAUGAAAGGAGAUUGUAUUUUUGGAGUAAAGCUGUAUUUUCAUUUUUGCUGAUGAAUCACAGGCAAUUUGUGGGUAAUAUUCCAUGUUAGCCUUAUUCAGCCUCAGAAAUCAGUAUGGUUGUAAUUACAUCACAGUUAGUCACAAAGAAGGGUCUCCAAAUUCCAUCAACAGCUCUUAGAAAUUUAACAAAUACCAGUAGCAGUACCAUUGCUUAAAUAUUGAUAUAAGAAUUAAUUAAACUUACUUUGUAAUCCUAAAGCAAGAAUCUCUUGGAGAGCAUUUUGCUCCUGAAAUAUUUCCGUUGUGGUUGUUUGUCAUUUAUUAGCUAUUUGUCUUAAAGCAUGCAGAAAAGACUGUGUUUAUCCUGCUUUGUGUUGCCAAAGUCUUCUAGUUUCCGUAGGACCAUAAUUGCUUUCUUCAGGUUAUUUGCUCAGCAGCUGUCAUUUGGCAAUGAAAUUACUUAAAACAGCAUUAGAACAAUAAUUUAUUGUAAAUUUUAUUAAUCGGCCACCUGUUUAGGAAAAAAAUCACACUAAUAUAUUGAAAUGUCCGAGAUGAAACCAAAAAUAGCGCGGCUAACAUUUUAAUCAUCACUAUUUGGUAAUAAAGGCUCAGGUUCAGUUUUUCUCAGGCAGAAAUAAGAUUAUUAUUUUUCAAUAACUGACAGAAUAAGUAGAGAGAUGAACAACCAGGGCAUGGCUGAAUUGUUUUGAGCUAGGGGAAAAAAAAACCAAUCAAACACAUUCAAUUUUUUUUUUUAUCUAGUUACAAACAGGUAGUUAUUUGGGAGGAUAGGACUUUUUUUGAUAAUCCUUUAUGCUGUGAAUGUGUUUUCUGAUUUUGGUGAGCGUUCUGUCUUUCAAGUUCUUUGACAGCACAUGUCAAUGUUCAAAAUUAGCAUGAAUUUUACACUGUAAGCAAUAUGUGCAUGCUGAAAUAUUUUCUUAUCUGUUACUUUUCUUGUGAGUAGAUAAGUCAGGUGGAUUGUCUCCAUUAAAAAUAUUGUAGGAAAACAUAUUCUGUAAUCUCUGGACGCAGAUGAUUUUUGCCCUGUUAAUGCACGUCUCGUUUAUUUUUCACAAGGUGGCAGUCUUGUGCCAGCCUAGUGAGGUGACCAGCUGCUUAAUGCAAAGCUGCUUGAAGUCAUGACGUCAGGUGUUUCAGCAAGACCAGAGAAUUAGAAAACUUCACGUUCUGUCACGGCUGAUUGCUUGUUUUAUUAACUAGCAAUUGGUUUAGCUAAAUAUUACUUCUAUGUAAUUUUAAAUACAUGUUGUAUGUCUAGUUUUAGAAGAAGAACAAGUUUUGCUCAUCUUUAAAUGUCUUAUUUUGAUAUUUUUGGUAUUUGUGAAAUUUUCAUGUCUGGUCCGAGAGAACAAAAUGAAACUUGAAAGCUUACUUGAAAUAAUGUCAUUGUUUUAAACAGUGUAGUUGCUUAGAAAGUUAGCAUGUUUUCUUCUGCUGUUUUGUUAUUAAAUUUCUUAGCAUUCUAGUUUUCUUCAUGUAUUCAUUCUGUUCAUUGCUGAAAAAAUGACAGGACAAAUUCAGGAAAGCAAAGAUAUUGCACUUGGGAGACUGACAUAUGGUGAUUUUCUGAAAUAUUCACUCUUUUUAAUUGGACAAUGUGCAUAUGAAAUAUAAAUGCCCAAAUGUCUGUAAUAGUUGACAUACUAUAAAUGUUUUAAAUGUGUCAUCUAGUUUUUGUGUAAUGAAAAAGGUGGUAAAGCCAGAAUCUGUGAAAAUGAUGUGCUUCCAAUUAUCUCAAAUUCUUAAUUUAUAUUCACCAUUCUAUUUUUUUUUUUUUUUUUAAAAGCUUUGCUUUCUUGGCUUAUGUCUUGUUAGAUGGGAUAUGGUUUUUAUAUUUGAUUCAAUGACAUUUGUAUCUCAGCCGAGGCAUUUUUUUAUAGAAAAACAUUCUUCUUAAAACUAUGCUUUAGAUGGGUGCGGAUAAUUUGUUUUAUUAAGAAACGUCAUUUUGCAAACAAAAAGAAUCAUUCCAUGAGACAGAAAUGCUGGCAAAGCCAUGUGUAACUAAGAUGCCCUUAAUUUAUGAAUUUUUGUUUUUAAUCUCAAAAUAUGCUCAGGACCUCAUGCUGUUCCUUCAGCUUCAAGGGGCAGUUGGGAUAAGAGGAGCAGGAAGCAAGAGGAGAAAGAUUUGUAUGGGUAAUUGCCAUUGUGGCACUAACGUAGCCAGGAGUGUGGAGUGGUACCAGGAGCAGAAAUGAGUGGGGUACUUUUGGGGUUUGGGGACACAAAGGUACUUAGCAGUGUGCUUUUGCUUGAUAAAGCAUGUCGUGAUAUGGCAGAGUGGUUGUCAUACAUGAGAGGAAGUGUUUUCUCCAGCUGGAAGGAGAAGCUGCUUGUUGUUAGAGCUGCCGUGAUCACUGUGAGAAUGAUCUUGCUGAAACUUCAUAGCGAACUAGUUUAUUGACAAAUGUUUUGGUACUUAGCUGUGGAUCUGUAAAUAAAAACUGCUCUUACUGUGUUCAAGAAGUGUUGUGAGCUUACUUGAAUUGGGACUGUGUAUCAGUAAUAGGGAAGGGGUUUCUUUCAUUUUCAGAUUGUUAGUUGCCCAAAUACUCUAUAAAGCAGAAAUUGUCGUAU